AUGGUCUCAGGCUAAAUUUUACCAAAAACGACUAUGUGAGAAUCUCCUUUUUUAUUACAUUUUCUAUGAUGUUUCAGCUCAAGCAUUAGCCCUUUUCUCAUCACAGGAUAUGGGCUAUACUCCUGAUUUCAUAUCUCACUGUAUCAAACCACUCAUUCAUGACAUCAAGAAGCAAAGUAUUCGUGUCGUUACCAAUGCUGGUGGAAUCAAUCCCGAAGGGUGUGUUAAUACUAUUAAAAACGUCAUGUCAUCUGAGGGGGUGGAGUUAUCGGUUGCCAUGGUAACCGGAGAUGACAUGAUGAAGAACGUGAAGGAGAUUAAGGAUAGUGGAUAUGCUGUUGAUAUCGAAUCAGGUCGGACAUUACCCUCAUCUGUACUGAGCAUGAAUGCUUAUAUUGGGAGUUUCCCCAUUGCUGAUGCACUGGAUAAAGGAGCAGAUAUUGUCAUUACUGGACGUGCCACUGACUCAGCACUAGCCCUUGGACCACUGAUACACAAAUUUGGUUGGAAGAGAACUGAUUAUGAUUUGCUAUCAUCAGGAAGUUUAGCUGGUCAUCUCAUAGAAUGUGGUGCUCAAGUCACUGGGGGUAUAUGCACUGACUGGGAUACUGUACAGGGAUGGGACAAUAUUGGAUUCCCUAUUGUUAAUUGUGCAAGUGAUGGCUCUUUUCUUGUGACAAAACCUCCCUGCACUGGGGGUGUGGUCAACUUUGGAACUGUAGCAGAACAAGUGAGUGAAU